CCGUCCUUGAAAUCAGUACGUUCUGCAGCGCCGCGAUUCUGCGCUACCAUGAACAACGAUUGUGAAAUUACUUCAAUCACGACGACAACCGAUUGGCGCAACGUCGACUACUUCCAAGAUGUUAUUUCCACUGAUUUGCAAAUUGCGGCUCAUGAUUUCACAAUAUUGAAUAUGAGCAUAGCAAGUGCUACAGAGAAAACCGCUGGCUAUAUGUCACUCAUGCAUCGUGUAAUAUUCGAGGUUCAAGUGCACGUGGGAAGCGUGGAACAGGUGAAACAGCUUAGUUUUAUUGUUAAGGAGAAAUCAGAUAAAACGUUCGGUGGAGAAAUCGUUGAAACAAUAAAGGCUUUUCCAAAGGAAAUUGAUGUUUACUCGACAAUUUUGCCGGUUUUUGAGGAAUUAUGGAAGGAAGAAAAUGUCAAGUUUGGCCCUCGAGUCUUGAAAGUCACAUCAUCGCCAUUUACGGUUAUUAUUAUGGAAGAUUUAAAAUUGUUCGGUUAUAGAAUGAAAGAAUGCAGCACAGGUCUAGACCGGGAAGAAUGCGAAAGGGUAUUAGAAAAAUUAGCAAAAUUCCACGCAGCUUCAGUGGUGUACUAUGAGCAGAAAGGACCCUACACUGAAGACUUCAAAGAUGGGAUGUUUUCCGAUAGCUUAAUAACGGAAUUCGAACAGUAUUAUGCCCCUUUGUUAGAUUCGUAUCUAGAAGCGUUAAAGGAACUCAGAUAUCCAAAUCACAUAAUUGAAGCACUCGAACCAUUGAGAGGAAACAUCUAUUCUAAAACCAGCAAACUAUUCAGAUUGGAUACAACAAAGUUCAACGUGCUGAACCACGGCGAUGUUUGGAUUAACAACAUUCAGUUCAAUGAUAACGAUCUUCUCUUGCUUGAUUACCAAAUUUCCUUCUAUGGUUCACCAUCAUUCGAUUUACUAUACUUCAUAAUAAACUCAGCAUCGCUUGACGUGCGAACGGAGCAGUUCGAUCACUUGAUCGCACACUACCAUCGACACUUGGGAUACGGAAUGCGUAAGCUAAAUGCGAAAACACAAGUACCGACGCGACAAGAGCUUGACAACGAUAUACAGGCACAUGGGUUUCUGGUUUGCGUGACCUCGAUGGAAGGACUGGCAAUGAUGUUGGCGAUGCCCGAGUUAGAGUUGGAUAUGAAUUUGUUGUUGUCUGCGGAGCUCGAAGGAGUUGAAUUCCGCAAGAAACUUUACACCAAUGUCCGGUUUGUUAAAAUGAUUGAGAAACUUAUUCCUUUUAUGUGGGAAAGAGGGUUCCUAGUUUAUGAUUAGUAGAAAUAAAACGAGGAGUGGUAAUAAA